AUGGGAUAUCCUGACACAUUCACCGGGUUCUGCGUCGACGGCCCGAAAUCGUGGAACAAAUUCCACAAAGUCGAACUAAAGCCCAAGCCAUUCGGCGAUCACGACAUUGACGUCCAAAUCGACGCCUGCAGCCUCUGCAGCUCCGACCUUCACACCAUCACCGGCGGCUGGGGCGAGUACGCCGGCCCUCUGUGCGUCGGCCACGAAGUCGUCGGCAAGGCCGUCAAGGUCGGCCAGCACGUCAAAACCAUCAAAGUCGGCGACCGCGUGGGCGUCGGCGCCCAAGUGUGGUCCUGCCUCGAAUGCGACCUCUGCAAGGACCGCAACGAGAACUACUGCGCGCGGAUGGUGGACACGUACAACGCGCAGUACGAGGACGGCAGCUGGGCGCACGGCGGCUUCGCGUCGCACAUGCGCGCCCACGACUACUUCACCUUCAAGAUCCCAGACAAGCUGGAGACCAACGUGGCGGCGCCGCUGCUCUGCGCCGGCAUCACGACGUACUCGCCGCUCGUCCGCGCGGGCGUCGGGCCCGGCAAGCGCGUCGGCGUCAUCGGCAUCGGCGGCCUCGGCCAUCUCGGCCUGCAGUGGGCCGCCGCCCUCGGCGCCGAGACCUAUGCGCUCUCCCACUCCCCCUCCAAGGUCGACGACUGCAAGAAGCUCGGCGCCAAGGAGGUCAUCCUCACCACCGACAAGGGCUGGCACGAGCCCUGGAAGGCCAAGUUUGACUUUGUCCUCAACUGCGCCGACGUCGCCGACCAGUUCGACAUGGCCGCCUACCUCUCCAUCGUGAAGCCGACCGGCGACUUCCACAUGGUCGGCAUACCCAACAAGCCGCUCCCGCAAAUGUCGGCCGGCCUGUUUGUUGGCGGCGCCGCGAAGCUGACUGGCAGCCACCUCGGAAAUCACCAGGAAAUGGAGGCACUUCUCAAGCUUGCUGUCGAAAAGGGGGUAAAGCCUUGGGUCGAGGUGAUGCCGAUUUCUGCAGAGUCGUGCGGGAAGGCUGUUGAGCUGCAGCGCGACAACAAGUUCCGCUAUCGCUGCACUCUGGCUAAGUUUGACGAGGCGUUUGAAAGAGCAUAA